GAUCAACUUAUGUAUGUUCCUUUUGAUAUUUAUUUAAAAGAAAAAAGUUUGUAUCUUUCUUAUCGUGUUUUUACUGUAAGAAGUUACAAAUGUUGAAGCCUGGAUGUUCUGAUAAGUCAUGAUUGAGAAUUCAUAAGUUUGUAAUGCAAUUUAAUAAUCUCAUUUGGAGCUCAAAAGUCGAAUAAACUGCGAGACAAGUAAGGUGAAGCAAUGCUGGCGAAGACAUUUCUUCCGAGACAUAUUCUUGUUUCGAGGUGUUUCUCAUCAGUUACUUCAAAGAAACUUAAAGUUGGAGAUACAUUAAGAGAAAUAAGAGUGUUCUCAAGUGAUGAUAUUAAGGACUAUGCUGAGGUGAGCCAUGAUUGGAACCCACUUCAUUUCGAUCCAGAAUCUGCCCGUAAAGCUGGAUUUGAGAAUCGUCUUGUCCAUGGAAUGCUUGUGUCUUCUAUGUUUCCCCGUAUUAUCUCUACCCAUUUCCCUGGAGCAGUAUAUUUAUCUCAAACUCUGCAUUUUCGAUCACCAGUUUACAUAGGAGAUGAAAUUCUCGGAUUGGUUCAAGCCACAGCUUUGAGAGAAACCAAGAAUAAGUACAUUGUCAAAUUCUCAACCAAAUGCUUCAAGAAUCACAGUGAACUUGUUGUUCUUGAUGGUGAAGCCACUGCAAUGUUACCAAACCUGGAGAUGCUACAGCAAGAGUCGUGCCUCACCAAUAAAGCUUUGCCUUAA